AUGGAUCCCGCUUUGACCGAGCCCUUCCCCUUUCAUGUGGACCUGAGUGGCUUCGGACAAAGUCCCAAUUCCUCACGACUGCCCCAGUCAUCUUAUUACGAUACUCCGUCGAUUGAUGCAUACUCCGAUAAUAAAGCGACCAGCUUCCCGCCGAUGCCGGCUACUCCACCCUCCGCCCCAAUCUCACAUUCCUCCGAACCGUUCAUGCCAGGUCUUUCCACAGCCUCUGGUCCUUCAAUCGCAAGUGCUUCGUCUUCCGCUAUAGGCUCCCCUUACUCAGGAACUGCCCCGGCUAUUCACGAGAAUUGGGUAGACACCACUCACGGUCUGGGGCUACCGGCUGCGCUCAUGGGUGACCUCUUCCCGAAUGAAUACACUGGGAGCUCGUUGGACAUGGAAGGGUUCUAUUCAAAGAAGAACUCGAAUAACUAUGUUGACCCUUCUUUGAUUGAGACAUUACAACCACAACCGAACAUUCCUCAAUCUUCUAUGCCAUACUCUGAGCAGCCGAAUUACGGCUACGGGUACCUUCCUCCGUCCCCUGAGCUUCCCUAUGUUCCCCAGCCCGAAGAUUAUGAUACGAAGCCGGCGAUUGCGCAGCAACUCAAUCACAUCCCGAUGUCUUCCCCUCUGAUCAAUGACCGGAGGUCCUCCAUCUCAUCCGAGCACUCCCGUCGUUCACAGCUGAGUCCAGCUGCUAGUAACGCGUCUCUUGAUGAUGAGACCCAGGAGAAGGGACGGUGCCCCCACCCUGACUGUGGACGUGUCUUCAAAGAUUUGAAGGCCCAUUUGCUAACCCAUCGGUCGGAGAGGCCCGAGAAAUGCCCCAUCGUUAACUGUGAGUAUCAUAUCAAGGGCUUCGCCCGCAAAUAUGAUAAGAACCGUCACACUCUCAUUCAUUACAAAGGCACAAUGGUCUGCGGCUUUUGUCCAGGAUCUGGGUCACCAGCGGAAAAGAGCUUCAAUAGAGCAGACGUCUUCAAGCGCCACUUGACUUCGGUGCAUGGCGUGGAACAAACACCGCCGAAUUGCCGGAAGAAGAGCUCAGCUUCGUCGAACAAGGCUAUCGCAGGGUAUCGCAACGAAAAAGCUAAGUGCUCGACAUGCGCUGUUUCAUUCGACAACGCCCAGGAAUUUUACGAGCACUUGGACGACUGUGUUCUCCAAGUUGUGCAGCGGGAGCAACCUAGUGAGGGUAUUAACCAGAGAUGCCUCGCUGAAGUUGAGGAGGACGAGGAGGUGAAGAAAACUAUGGAGAAGCAUAAGCUGCUCGACACGGCUGGUACCGUUGAUCAAUAUGAUGAUGAAAUUGACGACGAGGAGGACGAUUCAAAUGAGUUCCUGUCUCACCGGCGCUCCGCCAAAAGUACUGUGAAAGCCGGGAGAGGCAGCUCAAGUACUUCUGCCCGUGCUACCCUAGGAAACAGCGCUGUUACCAAGCGUCCAACCGCCUCGAAGCGGCGAAAUAACCGUGAUCGUUACCCCCAAUCCUGGGGUUGCCCCAGGAGCAGCAUCAACCUAAAAAGGCGCGUUCUGUGUGUGUUCGAUGGCCAACGCAAUCUGUGGAAGGAUGAAAUGCUGCUUCAAAACGACCUUGAAGUCCGUAUAAAGCUUCCUGGUGGCGCUGGCGAUGGCACUAAUCGAGAGGCAUAUGUGACCGAUCUGGACGUCGAGACGCUAAAGCGCGCGGAAGGCAUCCUGAACGCUACUGAGGAAGAACGGGGUCCUUGGCUAGAUGGACCCUCUACGAAGAUGAUUGGGUCACCGGCCAUGCCGUUGCCCAGCCUGUCUCGUCCUUAUGAAGGAGAGGUAGAUAUUGAUGAGUUUGUGUCUUAA